CAUAAAAAAUUGCGGGCAAAGAAAGAAGAGUCACUACACUGUCAGUGAAACUCUCUCUCUUCAUGCGUGCUUGCUCGUGUUCCUCAUUAAAAAAAAAGCGAGAAAAAGCUAUGGGCCAUCACCCCCUCAAAUUCUCUGAAUUAUUCCCUUGAUUCUCAAUUUCUGCUUCGGUUUUCUUUUUCCUAUUUAAUUGAUUAAGGGUCCUUUCAAAGCUUCUCCUUUUUUAUUUUUUUUUAUUUUGAUCUUGGUUGAUCGGACAUGGGUUCGGUUGAGUGUUAUCGGGCGCGUGAGGAUGAGAUGGCGGUGGUGUCUCUGAAUUCACUGCCUUUGGGGUUCCGAUUCCGACCAACGGACGAGGAACUCAUCGAUUACUACCUGCGACAGAAGAUCAACGGUAAUGGUGACGAGGUUUGGGUUAUCCGAGAAAUUGAUGUCUGCAAAUGGGAACCAUGGGAUAUGCCUGAUUUGUCGGUGGUACGGAACAAGGAUCCAGAGUGGUUUUUCUUCUGUCCACAGGACAAAAAGUAUCCAAAUGGGCAUCGAUUGAACCGAGCAACGAAUCAUGGGUAUUGGAAGGCAACGGGGAAGGAUCGUAAGAUAAAAUCUGGGUCUAGCUUGAUUGGAAUGAAGAAGACUUUGGUCUUUUAUACUGGUCGUGCACCCCGAGGGAAGAGAACCAAUUGGGUUAUGCACGAGUAUCGUCCCACCUUGAAGGAGCUUGAUGGUACCAACCCUGGACAGAAUGCAUAUGUCCUUUGUCGCUUAUUUAAGAAACAAGAUGAGAGCCUUGAGAUUUCAAACUGCGAUGAAGUGGAGCAGACUGAUUCAACUCCUAUGGCUGCCAAUUACUCUCCAGAAGAAAUACAAUCUGAUGUGGCUCUUGUUGCAGUAUCCCCGUCACAGGUUACAGAAUAUGAUAAGCCUCUGGCAAUUAUCCCCGCAAACUCUGAGGAAGCAAUAUCCAACAUCAUAACCCCGGUUGAUUGCCAAAGUGACGGAUAUGAUGCUUAUGAUAGAAAAAAUCAAAUUGUAGGACCAGUUGCAGAGGAUGUUCAGCCAUUGAACUUUGACAUAUAUUAUGACCCAAACAACCAGCUAUUGGAUGACAAAUUAUUCUCCCCUGUACUUGUGCAUAUUCCACCAGAAAUUCAUUAUCAAGCGAACAACGAAUCAGAAGGUCGAUGUGGGCUUCAAUAUGGUACAAAUGAGACAAAUAUUUCAGAAUUUUUGAAUUCAGUUGUUAACUGGGAUCAACUCCCCUUUGAGGAACCCGGUUGUCAACAGCAGAACUACCCCUUGUUCAAUGUUAAGGACAAUAUAUUAGGCAGUGACUUAGAUGCUGAACUUGCCAAUAUGACAUGUAUGCAAGCUGUGUAUCCUGAGGAGGCAAUUGACAGAAGGAUUCCUUUGGUGACAACAGCAGAAUUUUGCAGCAACACUGGCAUCACCACUGAACAUAGUGGUGAUGAGCAGAAGAGCAGUGUUGGGUUAUUUCUAAACAAUUCUCAGAUGGUUUUUCCAUCUGAUGUUAGUAUGGCCCAAGUAUACAAUGUAGUCGAUGAUUAUGAGCAACCAAGAAACUAUAAUACAGUUGCUAGUGGGAAUAGUGGAAUCAUAAGGAGGAGUCGACAGGGACGAAAUGAACUGCUAGGCACAAACACAGUCCAAGGUACUGCACAAAGGAGAAUUCGUUUGUUAAAGGAUAUGCAAGACUCAAAUAGGAUGGUGAGGAAUAAGAGUUGUGCACAAGAAGAACUUAAUUCAACACCAACUAUUGCAGUGGAGGAGAAAGCUGCAGAAAGUCAUGCUUCUGAUGAAAGUGCUGCUCUUACUAAUGAUGUGAAUGAACUGAAGAACACAUUUGAAUCAAUUGGCAAUAGAAAGAUUUCAAGACAAGUUACAAAAGUAUGCUCUAACUUGGGGCUAGAAGACCUUUUAUUGCUCAGAAGGGUGCCUUACAUUUCAAAGGCUUCCUCCAAUCACAGCAUGUGGUCUUCUGUUUUUGUAGUUUGUGCUUUUGUAAUGGUCUUCUUAGUGGUCUUUACUGACAUGUGGGGAUAUAUUAAAUGUUGAACUGCUAAAUCAUUCCUUAAAUUUGCCUCCAUUUCUUUUUUGGGCCAGUGGAGGGAGGCUUGUAGGGUUUACUUAGAUUUGUUGAUAACUUGAUAUAUAUGUACGUAUGUGCAUAUGUAGCCGGUGUAUUAUAUGUAUGCUCACCUGGUUGCUCGUCUCUGUAGACUAUGUUGCUGUACAUUAGAUAUACAGUUUCUUCAAUCUUUUUUAGCUUCAGGAAAGCCUUAAACUCAAUAAAUGGGAUGGACCAUGCGUACUUUUUAACAUGCUGCUUUUAUGUUGACACUGCUAAUUUUUAAAUUAGUUUUAUACUCUACAUUUUCUUUCUG